AAAUUUGAACUGUUUAGAAAGUUGACCAAACAAAUCUUUUAGGCUAAUGAUUCAGUACCGAUACACUUCAAAGAUUCAUUCAGAAGGAUUCAUUACUGCACAUUCCUAGUUCCCAUAGCUACUGUGUUUCUGAAAGUGUUGACAGAGUGAAAGGUUAACGGAUUUGAUUUUGGUGUGGAAAAAAAAAAUCAGUUUAAAACUAUAGCUCCAGUUCCAGAUAAGAUAAGUCAUGGCAAGUGUUCAGGAAUAGUUUUCUUUUCUGUUUAUGAAGAUUUUCUGCAGAUAAUAAUGUCAUGUUAAUGUAAGACGAAUGCUCAGGAGACAUGAGCUCGAAAAACCUGUGUGAGAUGGACGUCUCAAAUGAAGCAGAGCCAAAAUGCCCGUCUUCUCAAGAACUUGCCAUCCAGAAACUCUUUGGCUCCAGCAUCAUUUUCAAACGGAACAGACAUUUGCGUGGAGACCGUAUUAUAAAGGAUAAAGCGAAUACUCAUUAUCGAGCAGGCAUGGAGGCUGUAGAUCAGCUAGAGUUUGAGAGGGCUGUCACUUGCUUCACAAAAGCCAUAACACUACAACCAGAACAGACUCAGUUUUAUGUAGCGAGAGCAGAGGCCUAUCUUCAGCUUUGUGACUUCAAGUCUGCAGCCCUGGACUAUAAGCAUGUUUGCUUCCUGGAACCACAGAAAAAGGCUUAUAUUCAUCGCCUUGCCUUCAUUUAUUACUUGCAGGGCCAGUGUUAUUGUGACCAGGGAAUGUUCUUCGAGGCUUUGGAGUCUUUUGCCAAAGCAAUUGAACUGAAGCCUGACUUUAGACCUUAUCACAUGAGAAGCUUGGCAUGUCUGACGGCACUAGGUCGUUACUCAGACGCUAUUCGGCUGGUCACUAACUGGCUCGAGAGUGACACUUCAUCCGCUGACCUCUUCACUCUAAGAGCGCGUCUACACCACCAACUCAAUCAGCCCAUGCUAUGUUACUAUGACCUGAAGGCAGCUCUGAGGCUUAAUCCGAGCUGUCCGGAGGCACGGGCCUUGCUGGAGAUGAUGGAGCAGGGAGCCGAGUGCUCUCGCCAGCAGGCAGUGACUAAAGCGGUGGAGGGAGAGCUGUCUGAUGCCCUGGGAAAGAUUACCACAGCUGUAGAGCUGAACCCUGAAAAUGCACAAUAUUACCUUUUAAGAGGGAUACUGUACCGCAGACUGAAAGACUUCACUGCCGCCAUCGAGGAUUUGAUGCUUGCUGUGGAGUUCAGUGAUGAUGGAGCAAAACAUCCUGAGGGAGAAAAGCCUGAGGAGUCUAAGGAUCUGGAACAAGAUGCUCACAUUCAACUAGUGCUCACUUACAAUGAUUUUGCAGUCCACUGCUUCACCCAAGGCUUCUACAGCGAGGCCAUCAUGCUUCUCACCAAGGCCAUCCAUGAGCAGAGAGAUGAGAGCGGGCUCUUUAUUAACCGAGGAGACUGUUUCUUUAGGCAGAAGGAGUGGCUUUUUGCCCUGGCUGACUACCAACAGGCUGAGGAGUUGGACCCCCAAAAUACAACCAUUUGGCUUCGUCUGGCUGUUAUUCACAACACACUGGGGCUGCACAGUUAUGAGAACCUGAAUUUUCAGGAGGCAGCAGACAAGUUUUCUGUGGCCAUUAAGUACAACCCUGGAGUAGCUCAGUAUUAUGGGAAUCGGGCUAAGGCUCUCAGCAGAAUGCAGCGUAUGGAGGAGGCCAGGCAGGAUGCUAUGUGUGCUCUCAUCUUAGAUCCUGCUAAUGAUGAGCUCGUCCCUCUGCUGCUCAGACUGUUCCCAGGCUGCUCUCUGUCAGAUGUCAUAUCCAGUGGCACUGCUCAAACAGUCAAAGCUCAGCUGAUGGAGCGGAUCCAGACCUGGAAACUAGCAGGCUUUCCUGUGUCAAGGCUCUCCAAUAAGCUUGAGAGGAUGGUCCCCCGACAUGACACUGACAGCCAGUCGGAAACAGAUGAAUCCACUCAAGAUCCAGUUAGGAGCAAGGAACAGGUGAGUGAAGCGGUGAAGAAGCUCCUGCAUCAGAGGCUGUCUCUAAGUUACACUGGACCUCGCAUUGCCCCGCUUUGCAUUACACACAACUUAGAGCCGGCUGCUUGCACUUCUAAGCGUCCAUACUUCUGGAGGAACUUUUCAGGCAUGGGCCUUAACUGCUAACAAUAUGAAAAUAGAAGUAAAGUUACAGUGACUUGCAUGAAAUGUCUUAUGAGUCUUAUGGAUGAGUUUAACCUGAAACACAGCAACCAUUAUGAUGGAGCUGGACGCAUCCAGUCAGAUUCUUGUAGUGUGCAGAUGGUUAUAUUUUACUGUACUUGAACUGCAGAUCUACAGCAUGAGUAUAAAAGGAUCAUAACACUCUAACUGAAAAAUAAUUAUCAAGCUUAAAUAUACAGUAUGUAUCCUGUAAAACAUGUAAGGAAUAAAACAACGAGACAUGCUGUAAUAGAAAAAUUGACCAUCAACAGAGUAGUGUCAUGCUGUUACCACCCCAAAGUUGAUUAUUCUACAAUACAUCCUGAAGUUAUACAACAAUUUGAAUACAAUACCCUUGAAAGAAUAACUUAUUAGAAUGAGCAUAUUAAUAUAAACCUGUGAUGUGCCUUUAAGCCGACACUACUGUCAGAACUGCUGUUAGAGAAAAUUUAUCAACACCUUCUCACCAAUCAAUUUAAUCUCACACACACACACACAUACACACAAUUUUAAUAUAGAGCCCCAUGAUUUAGACAUAUGUAUAAAAAAGAGUACACAAGGCAAACCACUUCAUUGCAGUAUAUAAUUAUUUCUGUAACUCUCCAUCAUGGGCUUCUUUGAACAGUGGAAAGAUUUUAUAUACUGAACAUUUUGUUGUGCAAACUGCACUAAAUAAAUGAGAGGUGCUCCUCAGACAGCUGCUGUGGCUAUAACAAAGCCGCAUAGUGUGUGAGUCUUCUACAUGUUUGUUCAGGGGGAGGCAUUUGUAGAAAAAUAGCCUAGGUUUUUGGAAGAUCAUUCCUUAAUUAUGCUUGGUCCAUGGCUAGCACUGUACAGUUGCGAGAAGUCUUGUUUUGUUCAGAGCAGCUGUUCUUCAGCGGCUGGGAGAGCAGCUGAGGGAGAGAGGAGGGGGCUGUGAUGCUGUCUAGAAAACACCCCAACAGCUGAUCCCAAGUCCCUGUCAGAGACUACCAUACAACCUCAAACAAAUGGUGCAACACAUAUUUUGAGUCUCUAGAGGAGAGCCCUAGACUUUUUGGCACACUAACAAUAGAGCAUCACUUAUCAUAUGGUGUCUGUAAUUCAGAUUUUUUUUAUGCCCUUGUCCAAGAUGAUAGCAUUCUUCUCUGGAAAAUGUAGACAUCAGUUAUAAUCUGUAAUUGACCAUCCAGUCCAGUCCAGUCACUGACAAGGGGGCUGAACAAUUAUGCAGCUGUCAGAAGAAUAAACCACAAAGUUCAUGGGACUUAAUGUGCCUGCUGUGUGCAGUGGAGUCAAGAGUUGGGGCUUGUUAAAAUUCUCUUAUAGACUUCGACCAUAGCUGUAGUACAUGUUAUCCUUAUUGCCAGAUCCCAAAAAAAUAGCUUCAGUUAAACAGACGUAGCAGGAUUAAGUGAAGCCUCUGCACUGUCCAAAAUAUUUCAAACCAGGAUAGAGAAGUACAUAAGCGCAUUCAUCAAAGGCUAACAUGGAUAAUCUUUUAUGAUAGCUAAGGCAUGGAUGAAAGCUCUGGCUUUAGGGUUGCAAAGCUUAACAACUGUUUCAGCUCAGUGCAUCCUGUCUGCCAGAUCAGGUCUCCAUCUUGUGCUUCAGGCAGGUGCACCCAUCAGAUGGUAUCAAAUUCAAGUUGUCCAGUGUGUGACUCAUGCCACCACCAAAUGUAUGGUGAAAUUGUGAUAGGAAAGACUGCUAAAAGCGUACAAAAAAGCAGAUUGAGGGCUUAUAGACAGACGAUUGAACCUUUGCGAGCUUUUUGGUGUUUACUCAGACUAUACAGUACAACAAAUAGUAAAACAACCAUAAAAAAGGAAUCAAUUCAUAAUUUGCCUUUGCAUUUAAAAAGUAUAAAUACACGUUUGUUAAGUGUUUUUUAAGGAAAUCAUCUGGUAGGUCAUUGCAAGCUUCUUCGAGAACUCACUACGGUUAUUUGUCUCUGCAGCUAAAAUCUCAGACUGCUGUGAUGUUUUUUUUUUAAAAUCAGAAACGUGAUCUGUUACUUUAUUCUAUUAUUUAACAAAAUACAAACAUUUGUAGGUAAUAUUGAUUUUUUUAAAAUAUAAUGACUCUUUUCUACAAACACACUAAUGCAGUUAAGCAUAAAAUAGGAAUGUAAGACAAAACGUAUAUAUAAAUUGCAGACUUUUACCCAGUACUGUGUGUGAGGGCCUAAACCACAAACAAAGUGGUUUUGAACAGACAGUAGCCAUAAAAGAGCUCAAAAGUGCUUCACACUAGCGUAAUAAAAGCGUCAGAUUACUCUUUUUGGCAGAAUAGGGACUUGCAGCCAGGAUAGACAGGAGCUGGCAGCUUUCUCCCCAGACAAAAACACCUUUCUCUGGGCACAU